AUGAAUAUUUUUAUGCCUUCCGUUGUUCUUUUCACGAUUGUGAACUUGAGAUGGAAAUUAUGGGUAACUGAAAUUCUAAAGCUUUUAAGUAAAUGUCAAGUAGAACUCAACUCCGGUUGUAAAAAUUCGAAACACAUUUUGUUGUUGAGUUUUAUGACUAUUAUGGAACCUUGUCAAAAGCUGUGGUUCAUAAAAAAAGGCUUUUCUUCUCUACCAAAUGAUCUAAUGGAAUAUUCAUGA